CCUGGAAAUGAUCAAACAACAAGUUACCUGAGGUUGCCCCUCCUUCCUUGAUCUCGCCAUGGCGCCCAAGAAGGGCCGCUCAGUGCAACUGGCCAUGGAGGAAGCCACGAGCGAAGAGGUCCGUCGGGCAGACAGCCAGGAGCCCUUGAGGGACGCCACGAGCAGUGGCGCCGGCGCCUCACCAGUGGACAUGGCUGUGAUUUGGGUGAAGAAGGCGGCCAAGGGCAGUACGCAGUGGACGGAUAUCGGCACAAAGCGACAGCUGUCCCACUAUAAGUUCCGGAAGAGGCUGAAGCCCCUCACGGUGCUGAUCAAGUUUCUCUACUUGGGCUUAGCCUUUGUAGAGGUGCCUUCCUGGUGCCUGGUGAAGGACUAUUGUCUUGAGAAGGAUGGGAUUUACAGCUGGAAGAUCCUUCAGUUGCCUUUCCAAGUCUCCAACGGGAUCGAUAUCUUCUGCUUGCUUUAUCUCGCGCACCACUUUGGGAACCGACAUCGUUCAUUGGGUUUUGCCUCGAAGACGAAGUGUUGGCACCUGGCGCGCUGCUUCUUGGUGGUCUUGGCGCUGGUUGACUGUGCCGUAGCGAUCUUCAACCGGGUCGGAAUAGUUCCAGGAGCCUUCCGGGUGUGCCGCGUGUGUCGGCCGUUGAUUCUCAUGUGCGCCACGAAGUUCCUGCGACGGACGCUCAACCGCUUGUGGUUGGCAUUCGUGGACUUCUGGACGGUCCUAGCUUCCUUGGCUUUGUGCGUGAUCUUCUUCGUUUGGCUGGGUAUCGUGAUCUUCGCACGGACCAAGGAGGGUGAGAAUCACUUCGACGAGUGGUCGCAGUCGGCGGCCUCGUUGUGGAUCCUCUUCACCACGGCCAACUUCCCCGAUGUGAUGGUGGAUUCCUACACCAACGUCCGCAUGUCCUUCUUCUUUUUCUUCUUCUAUUUGGUCAUCUCGCUUUAUUUGUUGAACAAUAUCUUGCUGGCGGCGGUAUACGAUGCCUACAAAGAUCAGCUUCGGAACCAACUCCAGACCUUCUACCGCAAGCAGAGCUACUCCAUUGACCGGGCCUUCCAACUCCUCGCUGACCAUUCAGCACCACCGGGCCUCAACACGCGCCACGCCCGCGCGGGCCCGAACGAGCUGGCAGAACGUGAUCCAGAGCUGGUAGGAUCCGAAGAACAGGAUCGAGAAGCAGGCAUUAGCCUUGAGAAAUGGAUGGAUUUUUUCACCACUUACUGUGUUGCCGCGACUUGCAUUGGCAGCAAGAGAGAUCAUAGCUUUGUUCAGCAGCAGGCACUGCAAACCUUCCAAGCACUGGACAGUGACGGCAGCAGCUGUAUCACCAAAGAUGAGUUCAAACUGGUUGUCCAUGUGCUGUCCGAUCCCCAAAUCUAUAUUCCUUUGCGGCCCCUGCCGGAAGCGUCGAGUACAACCUGGGGCCGCCGCUUGCGCUUCCUUUUCCAAAAAGGCAUUGCGUGGCGGCACCGUCGCCUGCCCUGGUGGAUGGUGGUGGACUUUGUAGUGUUUCUGGAGAUUGCUUUGGCUUUUGGGCAGACGUGUAUUUUUGUCUCCCCGGUGGGUGGGAAAUUCAACGAUCAGCCGUUGGCGCCACGGAGCAUUUGGUUUCGACUGCUGUCCCUGACCACGGGCUUUGUCUUUGUGAACAUGAUCUUGCAAAUCGUGACCUUUGGCUUGGACCGCUUUUGGAAUAGACGCCGUUUGCGGCAUCGAUUUGAUCUCCUGAGCAUUUCGGCACUCUGUGGCUUGGAGAUCGCCAGCUGUUGCUUCUCUUCUCCUCCAGACUACCUCUUGCGGACUCUGCUGGUGCUCCACAUUUCUCGGGGCAUUUGCUUGACCGAGCACGUGCCACCCUUGCGCUAUUUGGCGGCCAUGGUGGCUCACCUGGUGCCGGUCUAUAGCCAGCUAGGCCUUUUGCUCUUCUUGGUCUACUACAUCUUCGCCACGGUCGGUGUCCAACUCUUUGGUGGUUUGAUCGAUGUGCACAACCCAAACCUCGACCACACCGGCUUCGCCGAAGCCCAGUAUUGGCCGUUGAAUUUUAAUGACUUCCUCUCUGCCUUGGUGACCCUGUUCUGCUUGAUGGUAGUGAACAAUUGGUACGUGGUGGCGGAUGGCUUUAUGGCGGUGACCAGCAACUACAGUGCUAUCUUCUUUGUGUGUUUCUUCGUGAGCGUCAACCUGGUGGUCCUGAAUAUCCUCAUGACCCUCAUUUUGGAGAGUUCCGCGACCGUGCGCCACGAGCUCUCCGCCAAGACCAGCGAGGACGACGCGCCCCAGCGCAGCUGGAGCCGAGGAGCGAGGGAAUUCUUCCUGCAGCGCAUGCUUCUCAGUGAGGAGGAGCGUUGGGACAGCGUGGUCGAGCGGGGCUUGAGCCCCGGACGUAGCACCUAACCCAGCGCCAUUAUAUCUCGUGCCUCCCCAGCGCGGUCACGGCCAGCGACGCAGGCUGCUCCCCUAAGGUGGAGAACUGCGAUCAAUUGGCGAACGACCCAAGUUUGACCCCAUGGAUUUCAGAAGUCUCAGUGGUCUUAGGACUGGUGGUCAAAUGAGCCAAAAGCCUCCAAUUGCUAAA